UGACACACCCCUCAGUCCAAACAAAACCUUCUUUCUCUCUCUCUCUUUCUUUCUCUCUCUCUAUAUAUACGUUCAUAAUAAUACAACCGCGUCACUCUCAUGAAACAAGUAACGUCCAUGGUUUCAUAUAGCUCGUCGUAACUCUUUUCCACCCUUUUCUUUCUCUUUCUCUCCGUUUUCUUUAUCCAACAAUGGCUAAUUCUUUCUUAUCAAUUUUCAACAAGAAACCUAACAAACCUUUCUCAAGAAUCUACUUUCUCACCUUCACAAUCUUCCUCUGCACCUUUUUUUACUUCCUUGGCCUAUGGCAAAACUCCCCCACCACCACCUCCGCCGCCAUCUCCGGCAACAACCAUCACUCCACCACCAUCAUCCGCCCUGAUUGCCCACCAGCUAAUUUCACCUCCACCACCACUUCUUCCACCACUCUUGAUUUCUCAGCCCAUCAUAACGUCCCCGACCCACCAGAAACCUCAGAGCGUGUUACCCACGCGCCGGUUUGUGAUGUUGCUUUAUCGGAGUAUACUCCGUGCGAGGACACACAGCGAUCGUUGAAAUUUCCUCGGGAGAAUUUAAUUUAUCGAGAGAGACACUGUCCGGAAAAAGAGGAGGUUCUCCGGUGUCGGAUACCGGCACCGUAUGGCUACCGCGUUCCGCCGCGGUGGCCGGAGAGCCGUGAUUGGGCUUGGUAUGCUAAUGUGCCACAUAAAGAAUUGACGAUUGAGAAAAAAAACCAGAAUUGGGUUCAUUUUGAAGGUGACCGGUUCAGGUUUCCUGGUGGUGGGACCAUGUUUCCACGUGGCGCUGGUGCAUACAUUGACGAUAUCGGAAAACUCAUCAACCUUAAAGAUGGGUCCGUCCGGACCGCUUUAGACACCGGUUGUGGGGUUGCAAGUUGGGGAGCAUAUCUUUUACCACGUGACAUAUUAGCAGUGUCAUUUGCACCAAGAGAUACACAUGAAGCUCAAGUUCAAUUUGCUCUUGAACGAGGAGUUCCAGCUUUGAUUGGUGUUAUUGCCUCAAUUAGGCUUCCUUACCCUUCUAGAGCCUUUGACAUGGCUCAUUGUUCUCGUUGCCUAAUUCCUUGGGGCCAGAAUGAUGGAAUUUAUUUAACUGAAGUUGAUAGAGUGCUACGUCCUGGGGGGUAUUGGAUUCUAUCAGGGCCACCAAUAAAUUGGGAGAGCCAUUGGAAAGGGUGGGAGAGGACUCGUGAGGAUCUCAAUGCUGAACAGACUUCAAUUGAGAGAGUGGCAAAAAGUCUUUGUUGGAAAAAACUAGUUCAGAAGGGUGACAUUGCUAUAUGGCAAAAGCCUACUAAUCAUAUUCAUUGCAAAAUAACAAGAAAGGUCUUCAAGAAUAGACCCUUUUGUGAUGCAAAGGAUCCUGACUCAGCAUGGUACACCAAAAUGGAUACAUGUUUGACACCACUUCCUGAGGUAACUGACAUAAAAGAAGUUAGUGGUAGAGGAUUGUCGAAUUGGCCUGAGAGACUAACAUCAGUUCCACCAAGGAUUAGCAGUGGAAGUUUGGAUGGAAUCACAGCUGAGAUGUUCAAAGAAAACACUGAAUUAUGGAAGAAGAGAGUUGCAUACUACAAGACACUUGAUUAUCAGCUAGCAGAGCCGGGGAGAUACCGUAAUUUACUUGAUAUGAAUGCUUACUUGGGAGGAUUUGCAGCUGCAAUGAUUGAUGAUCCAGUUUGGGUCAUGAAUGUUGUUCCGGUCGAGGCUGAGAUCAACACACUUGGUGUCGUUUAUGAACGCGGAUUGAUCGGAACAUAUCAGAACUGGUGUGAAGCCAUGUCCACUUAUCCUAGAACCUAUGACUUUAUACAUGCUGAUUCUCUUUUUACCCUCUAUGAGGACAGAUGUAAUAUAGAGGACAUUCUUGUUGAGAUGGAUAGGAUUUUAAGGCCACAAGGGAGUGUGAUAUUGCGUGAUGAUGUGGAUGUGUUGUUGAAGGUAAAAAGAUUUGCAGAUGCAAUGCAAUGGGAUGCUAGAAUUGCAGACCAUGAAAAGGGACCACACCAAAGAGAAAAGAUACUUGUAGCAGUCAAGCAGUAUUGGACAGCCCCACAACCUGAACAAAAUCAACAAAGAAACCUAUAAUUUGAUUUUUCCUUUCUUUUUUCAUGUCAACUUAAAUUUUCAGGAAUUUUUAUUCUUUUCCAACCCAAUUUAUGUGGGUGGUUUGCAAAGUCAAAUUUUCAUUAUAGCAAAUUAUUGCCCCCAAAAAAAUUGUUUGGGGAUUAUCCAUCAAUUACAAAGUUGUCAAAUGAACAAUUCACUUACUUGAUGAAUUAUGUUAACUCAAUUGUUAAUGGAUAAAUCAGCAAUAGAUAUCACAUCUACAAGACCUUAUAUCAGAUAUAUUAAAUUUUCAACCAUUUUAUCA